AUGAGCACAGAAUACAUCGCAUCACUUUAUUAUGCAAGAAUGAAAUUUGCUCUCUACGUUUCCAUUCCGAUCUGGUUUAUCUGUCUAUUCAGUGAACUGUUCAGCAUCAUUGUUUUUCUCAGUCUGAAAACUUUUCGACGAAGUUCAUGCGCAUUUUAUCUUCUGAUCAUGUCCGUCUUCAAUCUCAUUCGAUUAGUAUUCAGCACAUCACUUGUCACUAUUUCAAUGGCAUUUACGAUCAACUGGACGUCGGCUAUCGUUUUCUACUGUCAAAUAAGAAAUCUGAUCGUGGCCACAUGUGUCAUCAGUGCCGUGACAAUGCUGUGUUUAGCAAUAAUUGAUCAGUAUUUCGCGACUUGUACUCGACCACGAUGGCAGAAAUGGUCAAAUAUUAAAAUAGCUUAUCGCUUGACAAUUAUCAUUUCGACAAUUUGGACAGCAAAUGGUGUAUUGUAUAUGAUCUAUUUGCGACAAAUGUCACCAAUAAAUACCGCUGUUUGUAUUCCAGUCGAUCCAAUUUUUCUUCAAUAUCAUGUUUACGGAUAUUUUCUAACAUUAAGCAAUCUUUUCCCAUUAAUAGCUGUUAUUUUUGGCAUAUUGUCUUAUCGAAAUGCACGAACAUUGACGACACGAACGCAUCCUCUAGUUAGACGUGAAUUAGACAAACAAUUGACAGUGAUGGUUUUAGUAGAAAUUACUGUUUAUGUUUGUACUUACUUACCUUAUUCGAUUACCAGUGGAUUUUUACAACUAAAUACAAAUCGUGAUCCUGUUACUCUCGCUCAACUCAAUCUCAUCAAUGCUGUCACACUUACUAUCAACAUUUUGACGAAUGGGAGUUCAUUUUACACAUACAUUUGUGUAUCACAACGAUUCCGUCGACAGGCGAAAUAUGUUCUUUGUGAUAUCUGUAUGAAUCGAUUUCGACAAAAUCGUAUCGAACCUGAUCAAGUAACCAAUGAGAUUUUCCUUGGCAAUAUGCUUUAA